AUGACGGCCAACACUACUGUCACGACCGAGGUCGUCGGCGAGGCGGCCAACCACGACGUGAUCAAGAAGGAACAGACGAUCCAGUUCACCCAUCUCGGUGGCGUCCGCGGCAUCUCGCACAACAUUGACGGCGAUGGCGGCGUCCAUCUCCGGCCCAUGAGCAGCGCACGGCAGAAGACCUCGUCGCGGGCCAUGGGUGGUGCGCGCUCGGGGAAAAAGAUCCGCUCCCUCGUCUCCUUCAAGCCGCGCCAGUCGCACUUUGACCGGCACAACGUCGAGGCGGCCAAGGAUCCCUUCCGGGGCUUCUACACGCUCUUCUGGAUCGGCCUCGGCAUCAUGGUCCUCAACACCUUCUACGCCUCGUUCAGCUCCACGGGCCAGAUUCUCAGUCUCACAUUCGCCACGCUCUUUUCCCGCGACGCCUUUGUCCUCGCCCUCUCCGACGGCGCCCUCGUGCUGUCGACGUUUGUAUGCGUGCCCUUUGCCCUCGUCCUCAAGCGCGGCUGGGCCCGCUACUGGCCGACGCUCGUCUGGCUCCAGCACGCCUGGCAGGCGGCCCUGCUCGGGUGCGUGAUCCAGUGGACCCACUACCGCGACUGGCCGUGGGUGCAGAGCGGCUUCUUUGUCCUCCACACGCUCAGCAUGAUGAUGAAGAUGCACUCCUACAUGGCCGUCAACGGGAGCAUGGCCGACAACUACUGGCGGAUGAAGCGCCUCGAGGGCAUCGUCGAGGAGCGCGUCGUCGAGCUCGACGGCGGGCCCCGCGACGCCGAGCAGCCCGUGGGCAAGGGCGGCGUCAGCGAGGAGGCCUGGCAGCGCGCAAUCCAGCAGGCCAAGCGCGCCGAGGACGACCUUCUGGCCAACCACGGCCACGGAAGCAGCGAUGGCGGCGAUGGCGGCGGCGAUGUCGAGACGAGGGUCGCAAAGAGCCCCAUGGACGGCCUCGCCGAGCAGCGGGGCACCAGCGUGCUCCGGCAGCGCGCCAACGAGUCGAUUGUCGAGCGGCGCAGGAGCCUCAAGGCGCCCGUGCCGCAGUCCGCAGCAGCAGCAGGAGCUACAGCAUCAGCAGGAGCGACCGCUACAACAGGAGCAGCCACCGCAGCAACGGGAGCGGCCAGCGAGGGGAAAAAGGACGAGCAGCUGAUCCGCGACCCACACCCUCUGGCCAACCACCCGGACAAGAUCAUCUCGGACCUGUGCCGCGAGAUUGAGCAGAUCCGCGAGGACCUCACGUCGAGCCAGACGAUGCCUGCCACCGAGGGCAGCUUCGACGGUGCACUGCACGAGACGACAAUCAAGACGGUGACGUGGCCCUCGAAUGUGACGCUGGUCAACUUCUGCGACUACCUCCUCGUGCCCACGCUCGUCUAUGAGCUCUCGUACCCGCGCACAAAGGGCAUCCGGCCCCUCUACCUCCUCGAAAAGGCCCUCUCUGGCUUUGGCACCUUUCUCGUCAUCUACGUCAUCACCGAGCACUGGAUCAUGCCCCGCCAGCCGGACCCGUCGACGCCGCUCCUGCGCACCUUUCUCGAGCUGGCCUUUCCCAUGAUGAUCAACUACCUCCUCAUCUUUUACGUCAUCUUUGAGGCCUGCCUCGCCUUCUUUGCCGAGCUCACCUGCUUUGCCGACCGUCUCUUCUACGAGGACUGGUGGAACUCGACGAGCAUGGACGUCUUCUCACGCAAGUGGAACCGGCCCGUGCACACGUUUCUCCUUCGACACGUCUAUGCGAGCAGCAUCACCGUCGGCGCCUCCAAGACGGGCGCCAUGUUUGUCACCUUUCUCCUCUCCUCGCUCCUCCACGAGCUCGUCAUGGCCAUUGUCAGCGGCAAGAUCCGCGGCUACCUCUUUGCCAUGCAGAUGGCCCAGAUUCCCCUCAUGGCCCUGGCCCAGGUGCCGCUGGUGAAGCGAAACGAGACGCUGGGCAACUUUAUCUUUUGGACCGGCCUCAUGAUUGGCUUUCCUAUGCUCAACAUCGCAUACAUUACCUACUAA